CAUAACAGUACUCACUUUACUCAAGAAGUCAAUAACCCGAGUCCACUUUCUUCUCCAUUGUUAAACCCAACCCAUCGCUUACACAGUUCCACUCCUCAGUCUCUUCUUAUAUAUAUAUAUAUAUAUAUAUAUAUAUAUAUAUAUAUAUCUAUACACCUGCGUCUUCAAUCUAGCAAAAUGGCCACUCAGACCCACUCACUCCAUUCUCUAUUCACUUCCGUCCCACUCACCUGUAAAAGCUCACGUUCAUCAAUCCCACUCUUGAAGUUGAAACCAAACACUCUGAUUAUCGCCGGAAAAUCUGACCCACGAAUCUCUGGCCGCAAGCUACGCGCCGCCGUCAUCGGCGGGGGCCCAGCCGGAUCCUCCGCGGCUGAAACCCUCGCCGCCGCCGGGAUCGAGACCUUCCUCUUCGAGCGCAGCCCCAACGGCGCCAAGCCCUGCGGCGGCGCCAUACCUCUCUGCAUGCUCGACGAGUUCUCCAUCCCGCCGGAGCUCAUCGACCGGAAAGUGACCCAGAUGAAGAUCAUCUCCCCCUCCAAUCUCACCGUCGAUUUCGGCAAAACCCUAAAGCCCCACGAGUUCAUCUCCAUGCUCCGCCGUGAAGUACUAGAUUCCUACCUCCGAUCUCGCGCCGAAUCCAACGGCGCAAGCAUCAUCAAAGCCCUCGUCACGAAUCUCGAGGUCCCCUCCUCCCCGAGUGCACCGUACGUCGUGCACUACAAUAUCGAAAACUCCCGACAAUCCCUGGCCGUCGAUGUCGUCAUCGGCGCUGAUGGCGCAAACAGCCGAGUCGCCAAGUCGAUACACGCCGGAAAUUACGCUUGUGCCAUUGCCUUCCAAGAACGAAUCAAACUGCCGGACGAUAAAAUGGAAUACUAUCAAAAUCUCGCGGAAAUGUACGUUGGAAACGACGUAUCUCCCGAUUUUUAUGCGUGGGUUUUUCCGAAAUGCGACCACGUGGCGGUGGGCACGGGUACUGUGUGCUCAAAAAAAGAAAUUAAGGUGUUUCAACACGGUAUCAGAGAACGAGUCAGUCGUAAGAUUGCCGGUGGAAAAGUUAUUAAAGUAGAGGCUCACCCGAUCCCCGAACACCCGCGUCCGGUUAGGGUUCGGGGCCGGGUGGCUCUAGUCGGGGAUGCGGCCGGAUACGUGACCAAGUGCUCGGGGGAAGGCAUAUAUUUCGCGGCAAAGAGCGGUCGGAUGUGCGCGGAGGGGAUCGUGAGGGCAUCGGAGGGUGGAGAGAGGAUGAUUACGGAGGAGGAUUUGAAGAGGGAGUAUUUGAAAGAGUGGGAUGCCAAGUACAUUAAUACUUUUAGGUUUUUGGAUAUAUUGCAAAAGGUGUUUUAUGGUAGCAAUGCUAGUAGGGAGGCAUUGGUGGAGUUGUGUGGGGAUGAGUAUGUGCAAAGGAUGACAUUUGAGAGCUAUUUGUAUAAGAAGUUGGCUAAUGGCAAUCCGUGGGAGGAUGUUAAGAUGGGUAUGAAUACAAUUGGGAGUUUGAUUAGGUGUAAUAUUGUAGGGAGAGAGAUGGAGGACUUUAAUCAGAGAAUUCUUGCUAAGUUAGCAUAGACUUGUGGCAAAAUUGAAUGUUUAGAUUUCUUACUAUAAUAAAGUACAUUAGUCGUGUAUGUCAUGUUUGUCCUAUCGAAAUGGAUCUUUCUGAGGAGGUCCAAUAUUGGUUGUACUCUUUCUUUCGUUUUUUUCCCCAUAUUUUUCUCUGUUUUUUUUUUUUUUUUUUAUUUUUUUUUUUUUUAAUUUUUGGUUGUAAAUUGUAAUAAUGUUUUUGGGAUAGGCUUUGUAUGGAAGCAAUUGAAAGGAACCUGUAUUGCAUU